CCGCACUGCAACCCCUACGCCAUCCCUGAAGGAGGGGGGAAUAUCUCAGAAGGAGCUUCUGCAGUUAUUCUGGCGUGCAGUACUCUGGUGGCUGAUGCUGGCGUACGGCUGGGACGGCACAGAACAGAACCAAAAAUCAUCUCAGUAUUUGCUUUUGUAGCAGUGUAGAACAGGAAGCUCAUUUAAAGAGAGAAGCAGAAAGGUCUUUACUGCACGUGGAAAGAGAAGCAAGAUUUGUAUGCUUUGAGGAGAUCUACUGUAGCUUGCUGCCAUUUAAUUCUAACAACUCAUCUGCUUGAGGAGAUACUGUUGUAAUGUAUCCAGUGGCUCUUCCUGCACCAGCAGGUGAAGGAAGUAGUGGACAACAUGGGAAACUUAUUUUUUUCCUUUUUAUUUUUGGAGCUGUGUUGCUCUGUGCUGGAUUCCUUCUUUCAGUCUUUCUUCUCCAGUCAUGUCCAUCUGGAAGCUUCAAUGACUGUAAUGAUGUCCUUAAAGCUGCUGGGCCAGUGCUGGCUGUAACUGGACUGAUUUGUGUUUUACUGGCACGAUCAAGGGCCAGGAUGUAUAUAAGACAAAGACAAUUGCAAAAUGAGCAGGUGUACAGCCUUGUUUUUUGUCAUGGGAACUGUCAGUUUGCCCAGUUUCUCAUAUUUGGAUUCCUGUUUUUAACUAGUGGAAUGUUAAUUAGCAUCCUGGGCAUUUGGGUUCCUGGUUGCAGCCCUGGCUGGCAUACAGUACAGCUCAACCACACUGGCACUUCUGACAUAGACCUCCAGGGCUGUGGAUUCCUGUCACUUCAAAUCUUGGGACCUUUGAUUGUGCUCACUGGGUUGUGUUUCUUCGUGAUAGCUCAUGUUAAAAAAAAGCAAAACUUAAAUCUCAACCAAGAAUCCUGUGAAAAUGAAGAACAUCGUCAGAGCCCUGAAUCUUUUCAGGUCACAGUAGGUGAUGCUGUGAUGGUAUUCCCACCCCCACCACCUCCUUAUUUUGCUGACCCUAUGUCACCAACUGUGACUCAUUGUCUUAUGUCAAGUGUUUUGCCUACAAGUGAAAAUCCACCACCAUACCACUCUAUCUUCAGUGAUGGAGCACAGCUUGCUGAUGAUGAAAGAACAGUUGCUGCUAGAGACUAUGACUCCAUAUAUACAAUUUCUGGAAGCAGCUCACCUUCAGAUAUUUUACCAAUGCUAUACCUUUCUUCUGGAUCACCACCAAAAUACGAAGAGAAAGCAUCAGUGACAAAUAAUGACUAUUCGCUGUCUUCUUCCUUAUCUUUUUCAUCUAUUUCCUCAGCCACAUCUGACAUCAGUUCACUUAAUUUUUAAUAAAACAUACACAGAGAUUUACAAUUUUUGAAUUUAUUUCCAUUUUGUAAUAAAAGCAGUAAUGUUGUCUGUGUCUAAUUUUUCAUCAGGAAGAAUAAACAAUGAACUCGGAUUUCAACAAAUAGUAGAGAUGGCUGGGCCUCUGCUAAAGCAGUCUGAAGGGAGUUCACUGCAAGAACUAAAUGCUCAUCUUGUUCUGCUACAGCUUCAGUUUCUAUUUAUAGCU